UACUUUGGACUCAAUUGGACCAUUUCAAGUCAGUGAGCAAGAGAUAUCAGCAUAGUGGAUACACAACAACAAUACCGCUUGAAGGAGCAAUCCACCAUGGAGUUUAGCUUAGAAUUAAAUCCAGAGAAGACUCUUUUUGUACUCGGGCCUUGUUUUGCAGCCUCACUCCUCAGGGAGGGAGCCACCGAGGGCGGCCGAAGCCUACCGCCACUGAGCUACGCCUCGCUGAGAAAGUCACUCAAAGAAGCUGGUCUCUCUUCUAACAAAAGACCCCGUUCAAGUAAAGGAGCAGAGGAGCUAGACGCCCAGCAGGGAAAGCGAAGAUUGGAAGAUGUGUUCUCCGGCAUAUCCCGAGAGCAGCUCCAGAGAACACAGCUUGCAGAGACCCUCCUUGGACUACAGCAAGAAGGCGCUCUACUGGUCUACUUGCACCCUGACAGUCUCUGCGAAGAGGCUAUGGACCUAACAGCAUUCACUCUGAGCCAGACAGAGAGCUGGACAAGAAGUCGAGCCGGUCUCCUGCAUCCUUUUGGAGUCCAUACUGCUCCAGAGAGUAUCCAUGUACCACCCGCGAGCAGGAGCAGAUCAAACGAGAUUAGCAUACCUCAAGAACUAUCUGAGGUCCUCAAGGAGAGGUCUUGCAUUUGCCUAGGACUCUAUCCAAGCGGGAAAGACGAGCCUGAUCCAGGGAAUCCUCUAGUAGACAAGUUCUUGGAUUGGAUCCACAGUUACUCGGGAAACCUCCCCACCAUCAUCCAUGAUAGCAGCACUGCAUCCACUGCUGCAUCAUCUACAAACGCAGAACUGCACAUUCACAGCGUCCCCUUGCCACAGGGCCUAUGCCAUAUUAGUGAAACAUCAAAAGUUGUUGGUCAAGGAAUCAACUUUCCACCUCAAGUGGAAGGGGCAGUCUCCAUAUCACUUGUAUUAGGUAACAAAUCUGGUCUCUCUCAUGUGACGGACAUAGUCUCUCGCUUUCCUGGAGUUAACUUUGUAAUCAGCUGCAACCUUCAGGCCAUGGGUCUAGAGUUUCAUCCUCUCUCCGUUCGUCUGACAACGAAAAACUUUAAAGAAUUUUGGGAGAACCUCAUGUCCCCUAAGACCCUCUCGGAACUGGUAGAGAACUCUGUGCUCUUUAUCGUGCUUAGGAACGGCCCUACAAUCUGGCUUAAUAACACAGGUAGCAAGAGCUUUUACAAUAGCAAAAUAAAGGGACGGACAGUUGAAGAUGUAGUGAAGUCUUCCAGCCUUCAACCUCCUCCUCUCUCUAAUAAGACCACCAGUAGACAAAUACCCCGCUGGUAUACAACAACACGAAAAGUCAACUCAAGCACAAGUGGUGUCAGCAAGGACUCCCUGGGUUUACUGAAAGAUGACAGCACUCCGGUGCUAAGCAGUAUCUUAAAGGAUGGUAAAGAUGGAAGAAGGAAGAGCCUACCAUUGCCGUCUUCUUUCUCUUCGUCUUUAAAAACUAAGUUCCCAUCAAAUAAUCCUAUAACUGUAACAAGCAGACAGCAAUUAUUAAUCAGUAAAUAUUUAUUUACACGAAAGCACAAGGAGACUGAUCCAGCUGCAAAUUCCACUCUCCUCCGCAGUCUCUUAUCUGGAGAGCCUAAAGAGUUCCCAAAGUCAAGCAAAGUCAAAAGCAGCACAAUGGAGCUGCUAGAAAAAUGGACGACAGAAAGACGAAAGAACCUUUACAUCAAAGAGAACUCUGCAUGGUCGUCUUGCAUUGAUAAAGCUCUGAAGCGCAAGAUGGAAAAAUGGGAAAAAGUGAGAGCAAGAAGGAGGCAGAGAAGCAUCGAGCGAGAAGCUAAGACUUCCUCAAUUUCGAGUUCCAAUUCUGAAGAUCUUCGUCAGCAUUUGACCUCUCCCGUCACCUACUCUCCCCUUCAAGCUUCCCACUCAAUCUCUCCCUCUCUGCUGAGUCCCAUUAAUCCAUUCCUCUUCCCCACAGCUGCUGCUAACACUCUCUCCCUUCACACCUCACCCCUGGUCUACCCAACCUCUUUCCUAUCCAGCUAUCCUUAUUUGACUCCUGCAACACUGCCCUACGUCCAGGCGGCUACCGUUCUCCCUCAAGUGACGCCUCCUUCUUUGAGUGCUUCGAGCAUUUUCGGUGGAGCAGCCACUUUAGCUGCAGCACCAGUCACAACAGCUACUCCUGUCCUAUCUAGAAAUGGUCAAAUGUAUCACUCCACGCAUUAUGCCAGCUCUGUAAUGGCAGACUCAUCCAGUCAGACAGCAAACAGUCGAAAGAGAAGCAGUUCUUCUCAAAAAACAAGUUCUUCUAGUUCCUCGAUUUCAGCACUUUUAAAGCAAGAGCAAGAGCUCCCGUCGACAGUCUCAAAAAGGCAAAGGCUGACCACCAUCUCUCCUUCUUCGUCCUACAUGGACGAUCGAAGCGAUGGGGAGGAGGAGAGAACACCACCACCUUCCUCCUCUUCCCGCCGUGAUGGAGAGCUCUGGCAGUUCCUUCUCGACCUCUUGCUGUCCAACAUACACUCCGACUGGAUACAAUGGAGCCCUCAAGUCACCAUGGAGUUUACAAUCAAAAAGCCAAAAGAUGUUGCAAGACUAUGGAACACGUAUGUCGGUAGCGAAACAGACUCAAAGGACACAACAAAAUUUAAAACUGCUCUCGGUUUUUGUCUCAGGAAAUCUCCUCCUAUCAUGUACAGUGUUGAAGGAAAGACACACACUUACAGAUUUAGUCAAAGCGUCCUGUAUUACAUCAACAUGAGAUAUACGCAACAAUUGGAAGGAGAUUUCAUUUCUAAGAAACUCAACACUGACAAUAGUAGGGAAAUGAGCCGAUCUAGGGAAGUACUAGUGGUCGAUUAGUUUUUAAAAUUAUUUAGACGAUUUUACAAUUUCAUAUAUUAUCUAUGUAUAUCUUGCUUUCUUCGCCCCCAUCUCUUAUAAUAAUAUAUUUUCUUCAUUCUUUUUGUAAAAUGAAAUCCUUUCUUUCUACUGCUUGACAUUUUUAUAAUAA